CCGUCGUGCCUGGGGCGACUCAACCAGAAAAUAGCCGUGGACGUCACACCCCCCCCCCUUCCGGCCUUAGCCAGACAACAGGAACGACAGUCAAUAGCCACCAGCCAACACCAAACCACUUUCUGACCACAGCAACUCCUCGAACUCACUUUGCGGUUAGUCGCUUGCUGCGCGCCAUCCUCCGUAUCUUCAAAAUUGUCGUAUACAUCGCGCAUAACAUACGUCAAUUUGGCUUGCUACAGUAAGACGUCUAGGCAUUCUCCACACGCUAGUUAACUCCGACUGUCUCAGCCCGAUCCAACUCAACCCUUCUCCCAUAUGCGUGUCGGCGACAUCGACUCCAUGCUCCUCCCUCUUCUCUCCGCUACCCCAUGGACGCAGAUACUUGUUUGAUUUAAUCCCUCCAUACCCGGUCCGAAAGAGAUCACUUAUCGCGCCCAGAUUGCGCUGGGCUCUCUCGCCACCUGCUCCGCUCCUGAAACGCCGCGCCUGUCGACGUCACCUUCCCCUUGGCUUCCCGUCGCCCUGACUGAACGCGACUUGGCAUCGAUACGAUCGAAUAACCGAUGCGCUUGCCUACUGUAUCAGUGGCGGUGAUACUGCGAUAGUAGAUGAGCUGCCUACGCGACUUGCCCGGUCGCUGAAUUAACUCGUGCUGGUUACGGUGGGACGGAAAAAAGGAGGAAGGGAGAUCGAGCAGGGUCAGCUCUCAUAUGGAAUGUUUCGACUGAUUCCUUGGUCUAUUGGGGGUAAUAAGGUGACAGCGGAGGAGGUGAAGAUGUUGGCUGUACCGCAGCAAAAGUCGCCGAACAUGGCAGGCCCGACACCGCACAAGUUAAAACGGAAAAGGACGAACUCGAGUGAAUUGGGACCACCGCGUGGCGGCAACGGAGUCACUUCACCGACAACUAAGGCAGAGUCCUUUCACCAAGCCAACAACGUUGCCCAGAAUAACAUGAGCGAAGCGCAACAUCUUGAGCCUACGAGCAGGACACCGCCCUCUGCAACAUCCACCGAUAAUGCUAUAGUACAAACGGCUGCCUCACUGCAGCACAGUGGAGGAGAAGGAAAGAGCAUACAGGGCCAACAAUUGAAACAGCAGGGAACAGAAGGCGCAUUAGGCGCCGCAUCGAUUCACAGGAUGGAUGUCGAAACGUUGCGCCAAACGCUGGAAGCUCAGCUCAGUCUCGAAAUCCUGCUCAAGCACAACGAACUGCGCCUUAUCGAUCAGGAAAUCGCAAAAUGUCAGGUCGCUAUGGAGCAACUUCGUCGCUGCUCCGAGAUUCCGUUUCCAACCUCGAGUAUAUCCGGAAUUUCGCAAGCUGUUAGCAAUGGCACGGGAUUUGCGGUCUCACGGCCUGAAGACUGUCGACAACCGGUCUCUCCCUCUCCAUGGGGAGUUACCGAUGGCCCUUACAGUCGCCACUACGCAAGAUGGCUAUUGCCAGAUCCUCGAUUCGACGGUGGCGAACUCGAGCCUAUACCCUCUGGAAUUUAUGGUGCGGGCAAGAGUUUGAUGGAAGGUCGCACGACGCGUGGAUCGUGGGCGGAAAGUACAUCAAGGUCGCAACGAAACUCAGCCGGUGCAAAACUACAGGCCCUUUCGAGUGGUUACCCUCCACCCAAAGACAAAGCCGGACCCAUGAUUAUGAAGCGAAAAUCAGAUGGCAAAUUAGUAAAAUUGGUGUGCUUGGAUUGUCGAAGAGACAAUUUCUCAAGCACACAAGGAUUUAUUAAUCACUGUCGGAUAGCUCAUAAUCGCAGCUUUGCCAGCCACGAUGCUGCCGCUGCAGCGUCGGGUGAGCCAGUAGAGGUUGACGAGUCUGGCGCGAUGAUAUGCCGGAACAACGAAACAGCUUCUAAUGCCCCUCCGGGAUACGUUCACCCUUUGAUUAGAUCUGCACAUGUUUUAGACUCCACGGCGAGGAAUGCCAUGCAAAAACGGUCCCCGUCAAACACCCAGCGUGAAGACAAGCCUGUCAGCAGACCCGCUGCCAAAAGUGAGACGGCUAACGUGGAAUCCUACUCCCCGGCCAAAGCUCCUCCACCAAGCAUACGUGACUCUGCUAUGAGCCCCGACUUCAAAGCUUCACCACAGACGCCGCAUCUUUCUGCUCUAUUGCAGAAGCAGGGCCUUGGCUUGGAUCUCUUUAAUAUCGUUGGCGACGCUUUAACAAAGACAGAUAUCGCCUCAUACUCCUCCGAGGACGACUCCGAUGCGGAUGCUAUGGAUGUGGAUACUACAUCCAACGUUCAAGAAGCCCCGCCUAAUUUUCGAAGUACUCGCUUGCCAGCUCGUUCUGUGGCUGCUCCCCUGCAGACUCAGCGGCCAAGUAGCCGCAAAGGAUCUGACAAGCGUUCUCAAAAGGUGCCAUCUCUACCACCUCUAAGACACCCCCCUUCAGCGCCAGCGGCGCACCGAUCUCCCUACUCUCCGGCUAUGGCGACAAGAACGAGCCCGCGAAGUGAACGGCAGCCGGUGCCAAGUAGUGAUAUUGAGAUGGUUGAUUCGAACUCUCCUAAUCUGAGCCCAAACACUGUUGAAUCCAACCAGGCACCUAGCUUGGUCAGUGAUGACGAUGAAUAUGAGGCUCCCUCAGAAUCCGAAAGCCCGAGUCCCAGCCCAUCGGAGUCCGGCCAGGACGACAUAUCAUUUGACAAUAUUGAGGUUCAGGAUGGCUUUGAAGCGAGUGGUGACGGAUCAACAACUUCCACGACCUCCGUCAGCUACUCCGAACCUCACAAGCGCCAUUUAUCCACCGUUACGCGGCCUCCGCAAGCAAAUCCUGUGAAAACGAGAUCCAUCAAACGCAGUCGCACCAGUGGCACUGUUGAAAAUAGCAGUAUCCAGACUGAACAGAAGCGCGUCACAUUUGUCUCGCCUCCAGCCUCUCCCACGAAGGGCAAGAAAGGUAGUGCUAGGAAACCUCGCCGAAAAUAGUCUGACUGUUGCCAUGUAUCGGGACGUGGUCUGGAUUUCAACAGCCACACGAUAUCCUCUUUUACUUUUCGAUGUUCUAGAUCCUUUCCCUAUACCGAUCUUUUCCAAUUAUUUCAUUAUAAUUUUUCUACUUUCCUGGUGGCGAGCGGGCGGUUGACUAGUAUAUUUCCUCAGUCACACGGUUUAGGGCUGGGUCUUGCACAAUCAGCCACUGGCGUUUGGGGUUCGCGGGUUUUCAAUUCCCUGCUAUGUGUCCUUUUUUUCCCCCCCCUCCUUGCAUAAUACUCCAUACACCACUUUACUCUUUGUUUUGCACGCUGAAUUCGUGAUGAUAGCAUCUGGCUUGCUUUGGGUUUGUGAGUGGCUAUGGCCAUGGUUGAUUCGUGGCCUAACUUUUCUUUUUUCCACUCCAUUGCUCAGGAGCCUUGUUGUUAUAUAUGAAGUAUGAGCUGUCGGGUGAAAACUUCCUAUAUCUGGGUUACGGGAAAUUGUACUCUGUAGAGAGCUUUAUGAACGAAUUUCCUUUGAAGGCA